UUCGUAUUAAAUGCACAAAUGUAUCCAUUAAGAUUAAUGAGAAAUGUUUCAUCUCAUUUAAAUCUUGGAAAAACAUAAUAAUCAUGUUCCCCAAAAUAUUGGACAAUUUCUGUAAUACAGUGCUGAGCAAAUGAAUGCUAUUGUCAAGAAAGAUAGAUAUUAGUGUCUUACUAACAUUACAUUAGUCGCAGUAGUAUACAUAUUUCGUCAUCAUCCCAUGUGAACAAAAUAUAUGUAAUUUAUCCAAAAGUAGCUUUCUGCUCAUUUUAUUCCUAAAUUAUAGAUAAAUGGCCCAAAAAAAGAAAGUAGGUUACUCGUCUUAUUUUGAAAGCGAAGAGCAGAGUCCGGAACUAAAAUUCUUAAUGAAGUUUGGACAACCAACACUCUUCUUUUCCGACACACACGCACACGUUUUGAAAUACGUUACAAGUGAAACUUUUCAUCAAUGAUUCACUCUCUUAGACGACCUUCCUUCAUGAGCGUAAACAAUAAAAAAAAAAAACUGAGCUCAGAUCAGCUUCCGCCGUCCGCGAGCCUCCAACAGCUCCGUGAGCUUUAGAGUCUCCUGAGCAGAGCGCGCACACUGACCUCAUCCCACAGGUGAGCAAACUGUUACUUUACAGGUUUCACACUGAUAACCCAGAUUAUCCGAAGAGUGCCUGUUUGUUUCUAAAUUACAUCGAUUAUAUUUGUAUUUUGGGGGAUAAAACAUGUGCCAGGAUAUUGUCUUACCUUUCUCCUGAUCCGCAUUGUAGGCUAUUGUUCUUGUUAAAAUAAACGAGCUAGUAACCUUAUAGUGCUGCUAAUAUUAGUAUACUGCUGCUAAUAUAUUCAAAAUAACAUACAUGAUAUCUGAAUUACUUUAGUUUAUAAUGACCUCAAGUUAUUGAUCUGCCCUGAUAUCACUAUCAGUCUGUGCAGAGUUCAGUCUGUUUAGUUAAUUUUAUUGGUCUUUGAAACUAUUCAGAUCACCAACUUAUUUCAUAAGUUACUUCUGUCUUCUUUCAUUCAUAAUAUUGGCUCUAUAGUUAACUAAAUGGGGAGUUUAUAUUUAAUUUCUGGCCAGACAUAUUGUGGGAUACCUUGCCUAUAUAUUCCUGAAAAAGUCAAAUUGGGUCUUUUGUGUCGGGGUUUAAAACAAACAGACUUGUCCUGUCUGAUGCACUGUGGCAGGUUAUUGGAGUUGAUUUGGUGGUUCAGAGUCUCCUACCUCUUCUGAGGAAUAAACACAAAAUAAAAUUAAACAAAUCUUUGAGUGUUGUCAGCAAAGAAGGUAGCCGUACUUGUUGUGGAAGGUAAAAAAACAAAAACAUAUCAAUUAUGCAUGAUCAUAUUACCUGCAGACAUGUCCUCUUUGUAUGCCUGUAUUUAUUAAUUAAUUAAUUAACUCAGAUCAAUUUGGUGGAUUUUAUUUAUUUUAUCUUGCAAUAAGUCACUUAUCCAAACUGCAAAAGACAAGCUGAGAAUGCUUUGCAUAUGUAUGUGUUGCCUAUUCUAUUCACAUUUUUGAUUGAAUUACAUGUACAUCAAGUCCAGCUUUGCCCUGUUUCCUAUUCAGUAUGUCAAUCACGUGUUACUUCAUGUAGAUUAAUGUGGGAAAACUGCCAUAAACACGAGUAGGCCUCCAGCUUGGGGUAAAAUGCACAAUGCAAAUAAUGUAAAUGCACUGCAGACUGAGGUGCCUUAAGUAUCAGUCUUUUCUUAGGGAGCAGAAAGAAGUUAGCAAUAACAUGUAGAUUCAUUUACAAUGGGGGAAAUAAAUUGUCGGACCACAGCUUUCGGCUUGAGUACAAUAAAGUGUUAAGUCCAAAACGGGACUCAGUCAGUGUUAAAUCGAUCUUUUUAGCCCAGAAAUUAAAACUAGAGAUGCUUGUUUUUUAAUCUGCUAUUUUGCGUGUUUUUCAGUCGAUACACAGCUAAUUUGGUGAUAAAAUUAUUAAUUACUAGAUUUCAUGUAGUUAUGUGUCGCCUCAAAAUUUGUGGGGAUCACAAACAAAAAAAGUUUUUUUUGGAAAGCUUUAAAUGUUUGAAUUUGGCUCCUCCAUCGUCUUGAAAUAGAGAAUAACUAUAAAUAGAUAAACUGGCCUGAAGCUCCUGAAGGGAAGAGAAACUGAAAUCAUGGGGACGUUUGUUUUAUUUCUGUGUGUGUGUGUGACCUUUGUCAGAUAUGAUAAUGACACAGCAAUAUUUACCAUGUAAACAUGUUCACUGAUACAGUCCCUACACGCACGCACACACACACACACACACACACACACACACACACACACACACACACACACACAUAGAGAAUAUGUAGACAAUGUCCUUCAUUGCGUUUCUGUUGUUCCAGCAUCUUGUUCCUUACAAACCAGAACUACGAGCUCAUCUGGAUCCUUAGGUUGUCAUACUGAGGUCAGCAGUUUAUUAGGACACACACACACACACACACACACACACUGAAUCCAGGCUCAUGAGAACACAUCUUAUCUGUGCAAUGAGAAAAGGCUGAAGAGAUAAAGGUUCACCACCACGGUUGCAUCCUGCACAGCUGCUGACCUCAUGACCCUCAACAUCUCCUCUCUCAGGUCUGAAACACUGAUGCUGGACCAGUGGGAGGGGAAUAGAUAAUGGCCAUGGCACACUGUAAUUUGCGGUCACCAUCCUCCUCUCCUCAUGAUGAUGUCAACCUGGGACCUUCAGCAAACCCUCAUGCCAGGCCCACUGACUUUGACUUCUUGGCCGUCAUUGGCAAAGGGACCUUUGGAAAGGUCCUGCUCGCCAAGCUGAAAGCGGACAACAAAUUCUACGCCGUCAAAGUGCUGCAGAAGAAAGUCAUCCUCAAGAAAAAAGAGCAAAAGAACAUCAUGGCAGAGAGAAAUGUACUGCUGAAGAGUCUGAAACAUCCCUUUCUGGUUCGGCUCCACUACUCCUUCCAGACUCCGGAGAAGCUCUACUUUGUCCUUGACUAUGUGAAUGGUGGAGAGCUGUUCUUCCACCUGCAAAGAGAGAGGUGUUUCUCCGAGCCCAGAGCAAGGUUCUACGCAGCCGAGGUAGCGAGCUCCAUCGGCUAUCUUCACUCUCUCAACAUCGUUUACAGAGAUUUGAAGCCAGAAAAUAUUCUCUUAGACUUUCAGGGCCAUGUGGUGCUGACAGAUUUUGGGCUGUGCAAAGAAGGUAUAGAGCCUGAGGGCACCACCUCAACUUUCUGUGGGACUCCAGAAUAUUUGGCACCAGAGGUUCUUCGUAAGGAAGCAUAUGACAGGACAGUGGACUGGUGGUGUCUGGGAGCAGUGACCUAUGAGAUGAUCUACAGCCUGCCUCCUUUCUACAGCCGUGACGUCGAUGAAAUGUAUAACGGGAUCCUUCACAAGCCGCUGCCACUUCCUCCGGGGAAGUCUGAAGCUGUCUGCUCUCUGCUGGUGGGUCUUCUGCAGAAAGACCAGCACAGACGCCUCGGGGCCAUCGCCGACUUUUUAGAAAUAAAGAACCACAUAUUUUUCUCUCCAAUCAACUGGGACGACCUUUACCACAAGAGAAUCACUCCUCCUUACAACCCGAAUGUGAGAGGCCCAGCUGACACUCAACAUAUUGAUCCAGAGUUCACCAGAGAAAUGGUUCCUAACUCGGUGAGUCGGAGCCCGGAGCUCAACGCCAGCAGCAGCUCCAACAACGCAUUCAAUGGGUUCUCCUUUGUCGGCACUGAGGACAGUUUUCUGUGAGGCAGGAGUUAACUGUUCCAAUGUUUGAACACUGUAAUCGAAUCAGCGGAGUGAGCACAACUCUUUUGAGUCUGGUGAGAAUAAGAGCUCCUCAUGUACUAUUGCCAAAAUCCCACGUGGCAUCUAUAAUGUUUGACUACUGCAUGGAUUUCAAAACGGAUCCUCUUGAGGGUGUAGCAGUGAGGGAUCACGCCUGCAAUGGACACAUUUACGGUUAAAAUAUAUAACACUUUUUUUGCCUGGAAGUCACAGGUCUAUUCUUAGAGAGAUAGCGAGGAUCGUUAUGAAUGUGUUACCUAAUAUUCAGGGCUGGCAAGAAGUAGGACAAUCUUUAAGAUGCAGUGCAAAUUAUCUUUAUUCCAUUCCUUUACAAUGGAAUUAAGAGUGUGUUUUAUUAUUAUUAUUAUUAUUAUUUUAUUAACAGAUAUUGUCAUAUCGUGUGGAAAAAAACACAAAGUUGUCUUCCUGUGUACAUCCAGACUUAGAACUCAAUUUUCCUGAUAAAGGGUGCAAAUGCAGGCAAAAUCUCCGGGUGAACCACAAAUGGGCAUGACCAUCAAACUUUGGGCAAUUUUUGGUGACCACAGAAGUUGGUGAAAACCAGGCGCAGCUGCAAGAGGUGUGAGUGUAAUCCUCUGCCAUGGAGUUUGCUCUGAGCAGAAGGAAAAUAAUAAUAUUAAAAGUAAUAACGAGGAAAAUGUAAUGAGUAAGGAAUAAAGUUGCUGCUGUGUAAAAUCACGGCCCAUCACAGCCCAUCUCUCAAAUGAGAGACUGCAGAUGAAACACAUGCAUCAUCUGUCACAGUGUGAUGACUAUAGAUGUUUAAACUACACAGAAAAGAUCUGACGUUCUACGUACGAUCUUCUUGUGCAAAGACAGCUAAAGAUGUGACAGACUGAUGAUAAAAUAACGUCCAAUAUGUUUUGUUCUUCAUCAAAGACCAAAAGAAAGUCCUCACCACAGUGGUCUCGUUUGUUUAUAACAAUUAAGAGUCAAAGGUAAUUUGUAGAUGAUGCACUGAUUUUAGAAAACGGUCCUUGUAGCACCUUUUUAAAAAAUAGAUAAUUACAUAGCAGAUGGUGAUAGCUAUUGGACAUGCUAAAACAGUUAAUGUUAUAUAGAAAAUACUGUAUGCAACAUACAGUAGUAGCUUUGCAGUAGGAUUAUGUACCGUGGUAAUUAAUGUAAUUAUAUCAAUGUUAACCAUGAAGUGCCUCUCUGCCUUGAAUAUGAAGUUGGUGAUUGAUGGUGCUUGACGUUGGCAGUAACGGGUGAUACACUUGCAUCUGAAGUCCUUGCAUUUUAUUUGUAUUAUGUCAUUUAUAUGUACUUAAAGCCCUGUUUGUACACCCGAUAUUAAAGAUGCUCUUCUCUUCCAAAUCCUAAACAUAUCAUGUUCCCAUUUACCUUCUUAGAAAAACGUCUGCUUCUAAAACUGUAACCCUGCAUGCCAAGCUGUUGAUCCCUGACUGAACCUGUAAACAGAGAAGUUAAAGGUGCCGGGUGUGUGCGUGUGUGUGUGUGCGUGUGUGUGUGUGUGUGUGUGUGUGUGUGUGUGUGUGUUUGUGUCCAUAGAAAACGUGUUAAUAAAUCAAAUAUGUCAAAACAGUUAUGUGUUCUUUUGGAUGAGCAAUUAAACAUGUGUGCAUAACAGAAACAGUGUUCAGUGACCAGCUUGUAAAUGUUGCAUGUUAUCAAAAAUCACCUCACCUGAGUGAUGACCUUUGCUGAGAUUACAGGUAGAAUAUUUAUCUGCGUAGUGAAUUUAGAUUUAGACCAAUAGGUCAAUUAUUAUCCCCAGAAAGAAAGAAAUAAACAGGUGGAGAAUUGUGACCUUAUUAGAAUAUUAUCUACAUUACUGUACAACUGCGCCACUCAGAGGUCAAAAUGACAAACACAACAUAUGAUCAGAGUGUCUGAUUCUGAUGGAUUUAAAUACAUAUAAAUAAAAACAGAAGUCAGAAGGCUUCGAAAUAAACACAUUCAGAAAUGUGCGUAACAUAGCAGUAUGUAUUACCACCUUUUCAUUAUGUGGUAAAUAGAAUUUUACAAAUUGUGGAUAAAGAUAACAGAUUUAAUGUGACAUUAAGGUGCAAUGCUGUCAGAAAUAAACAUUCAAAAUAUGGCAAUAUGCG